CCAUUCAGUGCAGUGUGUUCACCGAGCUAUUAUAUCGCGGACACUCGUUUUCGUUGUACUGACUUUAGUCGCAAUGAAGACUGGUCAAUGGGGGAAAAUAACUUCACCUAUACUUUUCCGUCUGGCAAUCUGGAGUGGAAUGUGAGAUACCAGAGUUGCUGUUGGAUUUCCAAUCUUGUGCGAUAUGCUGACUCACAAUGGUCGGUAUCCACCAAAAUAAGUCUUUCUAGACGAUCUGAUAGCGGCAAAAUCAACUCAUCCCCAGUCUCCAAGAGCCCAGCUAUUGUACGGUUUCAACAGGGCUGUCACAAGUCUCUUACAAUUCCAGUUGAAGAUCCGGAUGGCGAUUUUGUGAAAUGUCGUUGGGCAACUAGCGCCGAGUCCUCCAUACCAAGUAAUAGUUUUCCUUACGGUGAACUAGAUGAGAAAAACUGCAUUUUAACUUACAGAGGUGGACUUGGAGCAUCGGGCACAUACGUAGUAACCUUAACUUUGGAAGACUUUCCAGCUGGAACCACAAACUUCAACAACAUCAGACCAUUCAGUGCUGUGCCACUGCAGUUUCUUGUCAUAAUAGGAGUUGGGUUUGGUUCUUGUCAAGACAUACCUGUUUUUACUUCUUCUACACCUCAAAAUGGUGAAUGCUCAGAGAUUCAGAUUGGGUCGGUAUACAAAGCAGUCAUUGAGGUGCGGCUUCCAAACGUUAGUAAACAUAUUGUCGAGAUAACCACAAGCUCUCCACUUGGAAUGCAACUGACACCAUUAAGCUCCCAUGGAGGCAUCUUCUUCAGGAAUGUCACGUGGUAUCCGAGUCGGAACCAAAUUGGGCAGCAGCUGUUCUGCUUUCAAGCUUUGGAUUCAGACGGAUUACAAAGUGAAUGGCGCUGUGUCACGAUCCUUGUGGGGCUAAGUAAUACGCCUCAUGUUAUUUUGGGUACACGAAGGCCAAUAAGUCCUAUAAGUGAGAUUGGAACAGGACUAAUAUGGUGGAGUAUUCAUUUUAACAGAGUGAUAAAGAAGCCUCGUAGCCCAGCAUUCAUCCGAUUGGUUCUGCAGUCAAAUGGUUUUACCGUCUUCAAAGUGAAUACUCUCUCUGGUUACGUUGUUAUCGACAGUAAUCGCACAGUACUGCAUUUUGCUACUCCUAAGGCUGCACUGAGUAUGAACGGUUCAUAUGCCAUCUUGAUAGAUCCCGGUGCAGUAGUUGGGCAGGGCUGCUCGAAUGAUGGUCCACCAACACCUGGUAUAACCUCACCCAUGGACUGGACCUUCCCCGUAGAUGGUGUCUGCCCGCUUGGUUAUGCUCUGGUUUCUCCAAGUUUUCAAAAGUGUGAGGAUAUAGACGAAUGCGGCGGACAUCAUCGGUCGAAACGUUCUUAUUGGUGGUACAACGUGUUUUCCCAAAAUUCAGCCUGCAACGCUACCGGAGAAUUCAUCAAUUCUACCAGCGGUCACAUUUCCAGCUACAAUUUUCCCGACAACUAUGACCCAAACAGGAUUUGUACCUGGAAUAUCACGGUACCCAGAGGGAAAAUCAUCAAACUGACCUUCUUGAACUUUACCUUGGUGGCAGGUGAAAACGAUGACUGUGCUGGAGCGGCGGGAGAUAGUGCCCGAGUCUUUAUCACAAACGUUGCUUCUCAUGGAGGAAAACCUAAUGACUUUAAGAUCUGUGGUCAAAAGCUUCCCCCUCCUGUAUACUCCGAGGGAAAUUUCAUUCAAGUGAGAUUUGAAUCUCGCACUGGUCUUGUAAACAAAGGGUUCAAUGCAACCUUUGAGGCGAUAGAUAGAGAUUCACUGUGCCCAACAGAUAUGAUCCUCAAUGAAACAUCAGGUUCUUUCUCCUCUCCCUUUUAUCCAAGAAACUAUCCAUUCAACCAGACAUGUAGCUGGAAGAUUAUAGGGAAACAAGGAUACCGUGUUGAGCUCACAAUACCAGACUAUAAUCUUCAACGUUGUGAUGGCGCUGGUUGCUUGUGUGAUUAUAUGGAAGUUCAGAAUAGCUUCAGUGAUCAAGCACUGCCUGGAAAACUAUGUGGUACGCCAAGGUAUACUCCUGUAAAAUUUUAUUCACUUCACGAAAGCUUGAGGGUGGUGUUUGUGUCCGAUGAUACAAACAUGGAUUAUGACGGAUUUGGGGCAACUUACAAGCUGUUGAACUACAGUCCUCCAAGUAACAAACCUACCUCAUCUGCUACCAAUAUAUCACCUUCUCCAGCAACUUCUAUAUCUUCAACGGCGUCAGCAAUGCUAUCGGCUCUUCCAGGACCCUGUAUUUACAACUUAGGAGGCCAGUAUGGAUAUUUCAACAGCCCAAAUUACCCAUUUAACUACGACCACCAUCUUAAUUGUGUUUGGAUUAUUACUGUACCAAAUGGCUACUACAUAUACCUCCGCUUUGAUCAUUUCCAUCUGCAAGGUGGCCAUGGAAGUUGCCCUUUCGACUACGUGCAGAUAUAUGACGGAUCGUUUUUGCAAAGCCUCACAAUAAGACGCUGCUAUUAUCAAAACUCUUGGUGUGUUUACAGUCACAGCAACGUCCUUUAUGUGUAUUUUGUGACGGAUCAUUCUGUAUCCUACUCUGGUUUCACUGCUUAUUAUGAAAGAGUCCAUCAUACAUAUCAUGUCUGCCCGCAUCCAAGUGCAACUCACCAGUUGCCGUCAAGUGUUUUCACUGGUAUAUCUCCUACACCAGCGUCGAUAUUACCAAUGUCAACAGCCAUGCUGCCAGCUGCCUCUGGAUCCUGUCUCUACAAUCUAUAUGGACCACAAGGAAAUUUUAGCACUCCAAACUACCCACAAAACUACGGCCACAAUGUCCAUUGUACUUGGCUUAUUACGACAUCACCAGGUUCUUACAUUUUCCUCCGCUUUGAUCAUUUCCAUCUGGAGGGUAAUCAUGGAAGUUGCCCUUACGACUACGUACGGAUAUAUGAUGGAAAUUCUUAUCAAAGCCUAACAAUGAGACGCUGCGAUUAUCAAGAUUCCUGGUGCAUUUACAGCCACAGCAACGUCCUUUAUGUACACUUCCAAACAGAUGGUUCAGUUUCCUACCCUGGUUUCACUGCCUUUUAUGAAAAAGUCUCUAAGAGAUACGCAGUCUGCAAAGUCAAUUCGAGUAUCUCACAAGGCAUAACACCUACUUCAGCUGCUCCAUGGGCAUCCGCCAGCGCAGCUCCUUCAUUUGCUUCAGAAUGCUAUUACCACUCAUACCUAACAGAGGCAGAAAGAAGGAUGAGUUACUAUAACGGCUUCAACGGAUAUCUGCAAUGUGAUAACUUGUUACCGUUUGGAUGGUAUCGAUUUGGUGGUGCAGCAGGAACAGAGAUGCCUACGUCCUGUGUAGGAAAAAAUCGAUGUGGCACCCAUGCACCGGGUUGGUUGAAUGGCUCGCACCCGCGAGCAACUGAUGGAAUUGUCCGUGCUAAAGUGUGUUUCCAUUGGAGUUAUGAUUGUUGCUUGUGGUCUGCCAAUAUCCGUGUUCGUAACUGCAGCGGUUUCUACGUAUACGAGCUUGUGCCCCCGCCAAAUUGUCACCUUCGUUAUUGUGGUAAUGGUGGAGCUCUUCACUCAACUAGUAUCGCACCUACACCCUCGCAGUCUACUGCAGCCGUUACCCCGGCUAUUCCUGGAAACUGUUUCCAUCAUCUCAACCACCCUUAUGGUUUAUUUGAGAGUCCAGGCAAACCAAGUUGUUACCCGAACAACAAGUACUGCGCCUGGCUGCUCGAAGCUCCUGUUGGUCAAUACAUUGAUCUACAAUUCUAUUCUUUCCAUUUGGAAUACGGAGCUUCUUACUGCCCGUGGGAUUAUGUCGAAGUUCUUGACGGUAACUCAUUGCACAGUCCUAUUCUUGUCAAGGCGUGCGGCCAGUUGGCGUGGUGGAGAUUGUACAGUAGUGGAAGGUUCCUUAUGGUGCUGUUCAAAUCGGACAGUAUCAUCGGGAUGCCUGGAUUCUCUGCUUAUUACCAAGCUUCACAUAACAGAUACAACAUUUCAUUACCAAGCCAAGUGUCAAUAACAAGCCCAGUGCAGUGUUCUCCUACGCAGACACAAACUACCACUCCUGUCACGUCAAAUGUGCACGGAAUCCAACCGACACCUGCUUCUGCAAUGACAUCGACCUUCUAUGCUGCUUCAAGUGUAAACGUCCAGCCAAAUCCUUCCCAGUUCCAGUUUCAUUUACCGGCGCAAUGCGAACAAAGUUGUCACAACACGUUAGGAAGUUACACCUGCUCUUGCGUUAGUGGAUACCAACUGGCCGCGGACGGGAAAUCGUGCUUAGACGUUGAUGAAUGUUCGAUCAGUAAUGGUGGCUGCAGCCAUCAUUGUUACAAUAUCCCUGGAUCAUUUUAUUGUGGCUGUCCGGAAGGAACCAGUAUGGGUGCUAACAAUUUGACUUGUGUUGAACCUGGUGUGUCUGUUAACUGCAGUGACAUUAUAACGGUUGCCCUAGAAAAGAAGACAUUUCCAUUUUUUGACGUUGCCCGACUACACUUGAGGUACUCAUCAUGUAAAGCCACACAGAAUGACACCCAUUUGCUGAUCAACACUCCAUUAAAUGGUUGCGGAACACUGGUCAACGAGACUGAAGAUGACCUUAUCUUCUGGAAUGAAAUCCGAACGGAGGUGAUCCUGAUCGACAAUGUCAUAACUAGAUCACAUGACGUCAAAAUUCCAUUUUAUUGCAGUUAUUCGAGAAGGAAAUGGGUCAACCUGGGUUUCAAGCCUCAGCAUCUACACUUUGGGACAGAAGCUGGGUAUGGAAACUUUACCUUUAAAAUUGACUUUUACAAGAGUUCGUCAUUUGCCACACCCUAUACUGAGCAGGACUACCCUCUGAGCGUGCCAGUCAAUCAGUUCUUGUAUGUGAGAUACAGCGUAGAAUCCAGUGCUGAUCUGGUGAUAAUGGCCGUAACAUGUCGGGCCACUAAAACUGGAAGCUUGUACUCCUGGCCACAAUACUCUAUUAUACUGAAUGGUUGUCCGCGAGACACAACCAUGGAAUACAACUUUGAUCCCCAAAGGAAUUACCAGCAGUUUAAAAUCAGAGCAUUCAGAUUCUUUAACGACUACGAUCAGGUGUACAUUCAUUGCGAAGUUUUGGCCUGUCAUAAAUACUCUUCAAACUCCAGGUGCACCCAAAGUUGUUUGGGAAGUAAGAAGAGAAAGCGGAGGGAUGUUACCCGCGACGAAACAGAACAUGAAGAGAGUACUACCAAAGUCACUCUGACACGAGGACCACUGAUCUUUCAACAGGACGAAGAACCAGGAGACACUGGUAAAAACAAGCAAACUGCGCUGAUUGGUGGCGUAGCUGGCGCUGGAGGAUUUGCUCUGAUUGCAGUUGCUGCAUUGGCUGUUUUAUUUGUCAAGUACCGCAUGGCACGACGGUUCAUAAACAGAAACAAGGUUGGAGACCUGUACACAACCCAAGAUGAACAGCUAAGCAGAAGAAAUGCUUACGUUCAGCCUGAAGACAUGGUCGAACAAGAAGACUCCUUCUAAAUAUAAGCUAUUCUUUUGAGCCCAGUUGCUCAAAGGACAGAGAACGUCAUCCAACGGAUAAAUCACUAUCCAGUGGAGAAGUGUGUAUAAACUGUACUGUGCUAUCCACCGGUUAGGGAUUUAUCCAAUAAGAAAGCGUUAUCCACCCUUUGAACAACCGAAGCCUGCAUUGCUUACUAGCCUCCUUAUCAAGCAGCAAACCUCUGAAUACAGGCAAACCACUGAACUUUAUAGCAACAGUACCGCUCAGAUAUCUGUUGACUACGGAGACGCACUUCAUACGCUCAAACGCAGGGUAGUCAGGUGCGCAUACACGAUUUUUCUGCGUGCGUGCGCGCACGGUCGAAAAAAGUGCGCAACUCAUGUGUCAAAAGGACCUCGUGUUGCAGCGUUUAGAUCACCCCUGACGAAGGCACUAGACAAGAGUGUCGAAACGUUGGGUCUAUGAAUUGUAACUUAUUGGUCAUUAAAUCUUUAAACCAGAGUAGCAUCAAA